GCCACCGACAAUCCCUUCUCCGCCUCGACGUGACACGAGGCUCCUCGUGCAUGCCGCGUGCAACACACGCGCCAAUCCCCCGCACGAUAUUAACCGCACGCGUGGCUGCUAUCCAGCAGCAGCAGCAACUGCAGCCGUCGUCGCGAUCGUUGAAUCGGAGCUGUGGACGGUUGUUUUGAAGCACGCUCUCACCUCGCCGAGUACGACCGCUCUCGUACGCUCCGUUUGGAAUUUUCAUCCUGCGAAACGGGUCCGACCGACCCGUAGACGGUUCCCAACGCGAGCAUCGUUAGUGCCGCGAUUACCGUCGACGACUUUGGACGGUCGCGGGGGUGGAGGUGGUGGAAGUAUCGUGCGGUAAAACUGAACGGUGAAGUGCGCGUCGCGCGAGGGCUAGACUUCGACGGUCGACGCCACCGACCAACCGCGAGAGCCUCGUGAGUAUAUUUAAAUAGUGUGCCUCGGCUGGUCAGAGGAAGCCGACAGUUUCUUGGUCUUCGUCUUCUUCGUCGUCGUCGUCGUCGUCGUCGUCGUCGUCGUCGUCGUCGUCGUCUUCUCCGUCUUCUUCUUCUUCUUCUUAUUCUGUCGCUCCUUCCUCUACCUCGUGUGUCAUCAUCCUCGGCUUUUCCUCGUUCGGAGUGCAACGUGAUACCGGAGUCGGGACCGCGCCACGACACGACGCGUACGGGGGUGGCGCGAGAUUCUUUAUCGACCUUCGACGAUUUAUUUCGAGAUACGGAAAGAGUGCCGCCGAUUCGCUCCGAGGAAAGGGUCGGGGACGCUCCGAAACGGUCGAACGGUGUCGUCGCCGAGGGAAUUGAACGAGAGUCGUACGACUCUGAUCGAAAAUCCGUUUCCAUCCGAGGGUCAGACUCGCCGAACGACGAGGGAUCGCUUCGAAUCGCUCGCCUUUGAUGUAUCGGCGUCGCGUGGCGUGCGUAUAAUUGGCACGCGGAAGGCGAGAAGAAGAUCACCAAAACGAGCGAACGAUCGAGGACUCACCGAGCACAGAUCGACGGAUCGCGGCCACAGACGUCCUGGCAUCAGGAUGUUCCUCUUCAUCGAUCGACAGGAUGAUCCCGUCCUUUGAACUGUACGUUUUGAUGCCGUUUGCAGCGACCGCGAUCGCGGCAACCGUCGAUCGGGAUCGUUCGCGAUAAUCGGUGCGAAUAGACGCAGUACGACGCCGUACGGCGGUGUACCUGUCGCAUCCGUCGUGGCGUCGAGGAUGAAGAGGACGGUCACGCGUUGGACGAAGAGCAGACAGCCAAGAAUCUGUCCGAUGGAAGUCCCGAUCUCUUGCUACCGGUGGUACAACACCUCGUGAAGAGUGUUUCUUUCUCCCCCUCCCUCCCACGAGGACACAGAGUCCGGCCGCGAGAGAGCAGUUUCGGAACGAAUGAGGCAUCCCUGAAGGAUUCAUCGAGAGAAAGGAGAGGAGAGGGACGCGAUACCUCUGCGAAGAAAGCGAGAGAGAUCCUUUCGUUAGUAUCCAGGCGAACUCGCUCGCGAGAGGCAAGAGAGUGCCAGAGAGAGUGUGCUCGUUCGGGGUGACCGAGGUGUCGACCUCUCACCCCCGAUCAAACCAGCAAGCAGGUCGGAUGAUGUGGGCGUCUCUGCUUUUGGCCGGGAUCUUAAGCGGCUGGUGGGGCGCACUGGCUCUUGCUGCGGCACCCCCCGCCAAUCGUAACUCCCUCGAGAAAACGUCGACGAGGACCACCAGCGAUCAUCCGCCAUCGAUGACCAUCAUCGCCGCCGUUGAAAACUCCCUUGAUCACAGUCUACCGACUUGGAACUUCGUCGCGCGAACCUUAGACGAUCGAGGUUUCGCUCGAUCGCCCCGAGAUCGACGGCAACCGGUACUGAGCGCGUCACCCUUGAGCCUUCGGGUCACGGAGAAUGACAACCAGCCGGGGGAGUCGCGUUCGUGGCGAUACCCGCCGGAGAAGGUGGUACCCGUCCCGACAGAUGAUCAACGCGAUUCGACGAGCCUGGACGACGACGUGUCGCAGAGAAAAAUCGAAGAGCUGUUGGACGAUUCCAUACGAGACGUGUUCGUCUCCACGUCGAAGCAGGCGUAUCGUCGCCUGGAGGACCGUCGUCCGGAGGACGCGAUCGCCCACCCGAAGACCGACGAGUCUGGUCUGACUCGGCUACCCGGUCACUCGUCCACCCAAACGCCGUUUCUCUAUUCUCAUGGCGGCAACGAGUCGUCGAUGGAGAGACCACGAGCGAUCCGCUCGACCAAGCAACGACCAAAGAACCGCACGAAAGCGGACUCGCCCAGGGAGCAGCGACGACGAUGCCGCACCAAGGGCUGCCGCGGUCAGAACUGGUGUCCCGACGUGGACGUAGGCAACCGGGCCUAUCUCGCGCCGACGGUGUUCGAGGGAAAGGUCAGGAGCAUGUCCUCCGCGAGGAAACCCGGCUCCAACUACGCGGUGACGUUCGAGGUGAAGCAAGUAUACAAGAGCCAGCCGGGUUUUCAGCCGUUGCAGAAGAACGACAGCGUCAGGUUGCACUUUCGCGACAAAUCGGCGCCUGGCAAGUCGACGGUAUGCGGCUACGAUACCGACGGGAAGCAGCAGCAACAGCAGCAACAACAGCAGCAGCGCGAUAAUCAGAGUGGUGUGGUGCGAGCCAAUAUUAAGAGGGGCAAAGUGUAUCUAGUGUUUGUGAAUCGCGUGGGACCCAGAAACUUCACGAUCCUCGGUGAACCGGUGAUUCGAAGCAAGAAGAACGAACAGGCGGUGCAGGCUGUCGUUCGACCGGAUUACGUGAGGGAGGUUACGUUGUCCGAGCUCAGGGACUCGAUAGCGAGGUUACGAGAGCGAGUGAAACUAGUAUGCCGAACGAGGGGCUCUCCACCCCCGAGAGUGCACUGGCUGAAAGACGGGAUACCGCUGCACCCCCGCAAAGGCCUCAAGAUUCAACACAAACGGCGGAGAUCGAAAGUUGUGAUAUCCUCCGCCAAACCCGAGGACAGUGGGAGAUACGAGUGCGUAGCUGAGAGUACUUCCGGACACAGGGCCUCGUUGGCGGCCCAGCUUCUAGUCGAUCACGAUACGAGAAUUCCGGAAACGACGACGGCGGCGUGGCCGAGGCAGGAGCAGCCAUGCCCGAUAACGGGAGACUUCUGCAUGAACGGUGGUACCUGCCUGUUCUUCGAGACCGUCGGUGAACCAGCAUGCAGAUGCGCGGAAGGCUUCACGGGUCUGCGAUGCGAGACGAAGGACGUCAUCAGCACCGGAAGUGUGUACAACCGGCGUAGGGCGCCGUUUUCCUGCAAGCUGGGACUCUCGACCUCGUACUACUGCUAGCGAUAAUCGCGCGGGGCCCUUCCAAUAUUCGAGUGCAACCCCCAUUCUGACGUUCGAACCAAUCGGGUUGUGCUCGGGGUACGGUCGGUCGAAACAGCCUCUCGAAGCCCACGAGAAGAAAGUCGUGAGAGGGCCAGCGCGCGACCAAGAAAGGAACCAGGAGGCGAUAUUCGUCGAUCAUUCGGAUCGAUCGUGAAACCUGCGAAAACGGAGCGCAGUGAAUAACGAACGGGGGAAAGAAAACAAACGGGAGCGAGUUCUCGCGCAAGGAUUUUCAGGAACCGUUGUCGUCGGGCAUUAGAACAAGUCCUCUGUAUUGUAGGAUUAGGUUCCAAAUGAAUUUUGGUACCGGGGCAUUCGUACCUUCUUCAUUUCUUCUUCGUACUAUCCGCCUUCGAAUACGUCUUCUAUUGGGUUGGUGCGCGUGCUCGUGUCACGUUGAAUUUAAAUGAAAAGAACAAAGCAAUAUUAUAAAGGAAAACGAAAGGUCGUUCGGUAUGCGACACACGACAAGAUAUUCUUUUCAGGACAAAAUUUUGUUCGAACCGAAACGGCACGAACUUGCGUAUCAACUCGAUAUUCGUUCUUCUUCUUCUUCUUCUUCUUCUACUUCUUCUUCUACUUCUUCUUCUUCUAUGACUGCUACUGUUACUCUCUCCUUUUAGAAAAUGUCGCGUUACGACACGUGCCUCGCGUCUCUAUAGAAAUUUUACUCGCGAGAAACAGAACGAAAGAAUGCAUGCGUGUGUAUAUGUAUGCUUGUAUCUUUACGCGUGAAAGGUAAAAAACAGCGAGUGUGUAUAAGCGUGUAUGUGUGCGAGCAAGAAAAAGAGUUAUUAUGGCGGAUGCUUGCCUCUCCCGAGCCCCUUCAGUUUCAUAUUGGGAAAGCGGAAGAGAGCGUUCGAGUGACGCUCGUGAUUCAAAAGUGGUGCUUGACCUCGAAAGAUUGCGAGGCGCCCGAUAAAAAAAGAAAAGUACGAAAAAGAAAAGAGAAAAAAGGAAACGAAGCAGCAAGCAGAAGGGCGUUCGGAGGUCGCACUUUUCGGAGUCUCCACUGGAGAACAAUACCAAAGAGCCCAGGGUCUCGAUAAAGGACGUCGUGAGAGUAGUCGAAACACUCGGAGAUCGUUUAGGUCGAUAUGCCUACGCAAAAUACACUACACAAAUGCGCAAACGCAAACACACGGACACGUGAACACGAAAACAGGGAGGUCUGAAAGCCGCUGAAAAUGGCAUUUUUUUCGUUCAUUAACCGUUUUUAGCGAUGGGAACGAGGCAACCGUUCUAGAGACGUCUCAGAUCUCGGAACAAUUUUCGUGAAUUCUAGCAAUCCGAACCUGGAAACCAGAGUUGAGCAUUGAUCGACUAAUUCUCCGCGAGUGGUUAAUCGCUGACGACGAUUGACGAUUGAAUUAAUCGUGAAUCCCGCAACAAAUAAUUUAUUAUUCCAGUAAGAACGAUACAGUGUCAGAGAAAUCAAUGAUUGAAUAAUCGUCGAUUUCGUCUUGAUUAAAUUUUGCCCAACGCUGCUGGAUACCCAUCGCUACUCGUCCUCGGUGGCAUCCCUUUCGUCGAAAUGGAAAGGGAGCGUCGUCGUCGUAGUCGUCGUUUGUUCACGAGGAGAGCCAGAUCUUUUGUCGGUCGUUGUUGGAAAAAUGUGGGCCACGCCGGCAGAGCGUGAAGUUGCGAGUGAAGGGAGUCGAAGAAAAAAGAGAUCUGUCGCGAAACGAGAGAACUCGACGUUCUCGUCUCCAUGGCGAUGUUACGAUCCAUGGCACGGGCUACCGAAUAUUUCUUUGUGUUUACGCACUCGGAAACAAAUAGAAAAAAAUUAAUCGACACAUUAGCGGUUGGCUGAAGCAUCUAACGAAUAUUCAUGAGUUAUUGGAGUUGAUUCUUAUCCAUGAGUACAUAUUAAAUUUCUUCUUGGAAUUUUCCAACAGCGAUCGACGAGAACCGUGACACCUCUUCAACGAAUGACAAAAUUAACGGCCGAGGGAAACGUGGAAAAUCAUUUGGCCACUCGAGCGGUGAUAGAAGACGGUACAGAAAGUGAGCGAGAGUGUGUGUGUGUGUGUGUGUGUGUGUGAGAGAGAGAGAGAGAGACCACUAGGCAAAAAACGAUUUUAUGUAAAAUAUGAUAAUGUAAUACGCGCUAGGCUAGCUAAAGCAGAGACUUAAGGUUACGAUCGCAACUUGAUCGAAAAGGGAUGGGGCGUGUGGGAUGCGCGCUGUACUCCAGCAGUCUCGGGACCCUAUUUAUGUUUUAUAUUAUAUUAUAUAUAUAUAUUAUAUAUAUAUAUAAAUAUGUGUAUAAACAUUUUUAAUUUAUUUAUUUAAUUCAUUAAUUUUAUUGAUUUACGAUUAAACGACAUCUCCAUCUCGGCAACCGCCUUUGUUUUUAACCUUAUGUUCACCUUUUGUUCUUCUUUUUUUUCAUUUUCUGUGUGUUUUUAUUUGUAUCAUGAUUAUUUGGUCGUAGAGCGAACAGGUAGGUGCGUCGAUUUCAUUUUUUUUUUCGUUCAUCAAAAUUAUUUCCAUAAUUAGACCCAUCAAAGUUCCCGGUCGAAUCGCAGAUCGGGAAGUUCCCGUCCAACAACACCGAAUCCCGAGACGGGGCAGAUCCUUCUCGAGGAAAGUUCGUAGACUUUGACGACGAAAGAAUCCUCGAAGAAAGCCAAUAAGAAAUUUUCAUAGGCGAAAAGGGUACGGGGUAGUUGCACGUCCGCCGCGCAUUCAGACUCUUGUUCGGUCUCUUAUUGCGUUCCAGCGAGUCGUUUCGAGACGAGUCACUCAUCUAGCCGUGGAAAUGGCUUCUCGUGGGUUUCCAGAGCAGGAGAAAACCGGGAAACAAUGCGAACACGAACUAGACGACGCCCCCCAUUCCUCCCGUAAUCUUCAAAGAACACCCAACUACAAUCGUGU